GCAACCCGAUUACGAUUGCCGCCUUUGUCCGACGCUGCCGACUCUGACAAACAAGCCUUCCCAGUUCCCGUUGCCGUCUCCAUACGCGCUCCUUUUUUUUUUUUCCCUCUUCUUGUCUUUAUUUCCCUUCUCGUUCCGCCGUAAGCCGGAACGUCUUGCUUUGGUGCCCAAGCCGUAGGAGAGGAGUCCGGGCCCCAUAGACGCGUCCAAUAGCCGAGUCGAGAUCCGCGAUAACGUUCGCAGGCGCUCCGGCACCAUGUCGAGCUCCUUCGAGAAGUCCGUCAAGGGCGCAACCAAGAUCAAGGCUGCCCCUCCCAAGACCAAGUAUAUCGAACACAUUCUCGUCGCUACGCACUCCGGGGAGGCAGGGGUGGGAGAGGUUUUCCGCGCGCUGCAGUUCCGGUUACGAGAUUCGACAUGGACCGUAGUGUUCAAGAGCCUGAUAACGAUCCACCUCAUGAUCAGGGAGGGAUCUCCGGAUGCGACACUGGCAUAUCUCGCGAAACACCGCAACUUGAUAGCUAUCGGUCCCUUCACGGAUGCACAAAUCCAGGGCCGAAACAUACGACACUAUGCUAGCUACCUCGCCGAGCGGGUGCGCGCUUUUCGAGACACCAAGGUGGACUGGGUUCGGGCCAAGGAGACGCGCCUAGAGAAGCUCUCGGUCGACAAGGGGCUGCUGAGGGAGACCGAGGCUGUCGAGCGCCAACUGACCGCCCUACUAAAGUGCAACGUUCUCGAAGAUCCGGAAAAUGAAAUCACCAUCACCGUCUUUAGGCUUCUGGUGCUAGACCUAUUGUCGCUGUUUCAAGUGUUGAACCAAGCUAUGAUCAACAUCUUGGGUCAUUUCUUCGAGAUGUCGAAACCGGAUGCAGAGAGGGCAUUAGAGAUUUACCAGACCUUCACCAAGCAGACAGACUACGUGGUCCAGUACCUAGCCGUCGCGAGGCAAUGGGAGCCCCAUACGAGAGUCGAGGUCCCGAAGUUGAAGCAUGCCCCGAUUAAUCUUCGGCGUCAGCUCGAGGAAUACCUGAAAGAUCCCGAUUUCGAGAUCCACCGUAGACAGUAUCUAGCAGAGCUCGACGCCAAGAAGAAGGGCGGCACGGGGCUGUCGGCAAAGGCUGAUAAGGGCACAUCGGACUCGAAAUCUGCCGCCGCCAAAGCGAACGGGUCCGCACCGCUGUCGAACCCGCAGCCUCAAGCAGCCAAAGGACCAGACCCGGAUCUCAUCGACUUCUUCGACUCGAUAGAACAGAACCAGACGACCAUGGCAGUACAGCCAAACCCGCAGCUACAGAUGGGCCAGAUUAGCCUACCGGUGUCUACAGGCAACCCUUGGCCCUCGAAUGGUGCAUUCGGCAUUCCGCAGACGGUCCAGCUCCAGGCCAACGGGUUCGUGUCUCAGCCUACGGGCUUCCAACCUAAUAGCGGACCCUUCUCACAGCCGAAUGCCGGGCCGUUCCCGCAGCAAGGCGUACCGAACCAAAUCCUGCCCAACUUCACAGGUGCCGGUUUUGGCGGCUACACGCCACAACCAACCUUCUCGCCUGGUAGCCUACCAUCUAUACCGCAAGACUCGGUUACGCCGUUCCAAGCCGGGACUCUCGCGCCCCCUAUGCAGACCGGCCUCCAACCCGGCCAGCAGAUAACUAACCCCUUCAGAGCAUCGAUGAUGAUGGCCAACCCGACGGGGCCGCCUAACAGCGCCUUCCUGGCACCUACCAAUGCUCAAAACCAAGGCGGUCUACAACGGCAAAACACGAACCCAUUCGCUCGUACAUCCCCAUCAGCCAUCCCCCCGUUCUCAGACCCUUCUUCUAGCUCUCCCUUCCAGUCGCAGCCCCCGGCACCGGCACCGGCACCGGCUCCGCUUCAACCGACGGCUACGGGAACCAAUCCGUUCGCCCGAAACUUCGGCGGUCAAGCACAGAGCCAGCCUCAGCGGCCUCAGACCAGCGGCGGACUCAUGGCUCAGCCAACCGGCAGCACGAAUCCGUUCCGGCAAGGGGCUUUCGUGAAUCACCAGACGGGGAUGGGCUGGCAGCACGGGCAGCAGCCCAUAGGCGGAGGAUUGGACCAUCUGGAAGCGAUGCCGGUGUUCCCGCGGCCGGCGACGCAGACGCCUUGGCAGCAGUGAGGUGGUGCAGCCCGGAAUCGGAGGGGUAUAAUAAGCACGAAACACGAGGAUCCGACGGACGGACGAAGAGAGGAUAAGAUAAUGAAA